GCUCCUGUCUUUUAUUCACUCGUUUUGGGUUUAGAAUGAGAUGGAGAUGGACGUUUUAAUGCAGUGGCAUCAAAUUCAAAAAGCGUGUGCUGUCCUUCUUCUUGUCUACGUAGUGGUAGUUCAACGAGAGCAAGUUCCAUUUCGUCCCCUCCACUUCGUGCCUGCGUACUAGGUAGUUGUGAAUUACCAUUUUUGGAAGCGAGUUGUGUGCUAGCAGUAGCACCGCCAUAUUAAUCGACCAUCUCCACCACGACCAAAAGGAUGUCCGGUGCAGGUCUGAAUUUCCACAAUGGAACCUCUCUCUCGUCCAGCUCGCACCUAGACAUCGCGAGACGGUCGCUGGAAGAAUUCGAGCGCGCCAAUUUGAUUUCUCUGGCGGGCCAGGAACUUUUAGACCACUUGCGGUCGCAAACCAAGCACGCGAAACAGGUGCCGAAGCACCUCCGGCAGAUGUACUUCCCCUCCUACGAGGUGUUCACGGAAAGAUCCAGCAUUACGGAGUUCUCCAAAAACCGGGUGCUGCGGUUGAAACAGGUGAAAGCGGACGUCACCGAGGAGGACCUGUAUUGCGGGAUCUGCAAGGUUCUGGUGGCGGAGAUUCGGGACCAGCAGAAGAAGUUCGACCUGCAGCAGCAGUGCCCCUACAUGGCGGAGAGACUGACUAACAUGGGCGGGGGGAAAAAGAAGAAAAAGAAUCACGCGUUCUCCUCCUCCGGCUCGGAGGAUAACGAAUCGGGCGGUGAAGGAGGGUAUGCAUUGCAAAAAUAGCAUCGUACCAAUCGCAAUUUUUUCCAAUAGGAAAAACAAAGGCGACAUUAUUUGGAACGCUUAGUAGCUGAUUACAAAACGGAUUCAUCGUGAUGCAGAAGUAUUUCAGUUAGAAGUUUUACGAACUUUUACUUUAGUACGACUGCUAUUUUGCAGUGGAUCAGAGAAGAAAUCUAACCGAAGAAGAGAGGGAGGCGCGGAAUGAGAGGAAAAAGGCGGAUAACUGGUUUCAGGUACUAGGACUGGAACCGAAACGUUGCAGGUUGCAUCUAUGAGUAUGUUGACAAGCGACAGCUCACUUUUCGACUGUAUCUUCGUUUCGAAAUAAAAAUCCAGGUUCGCGUCGGUAAGAUGACCAAGGAAGAGUGCCAGUUUGCCGUGGAGGGAGGUAACAGCAACAAGCCCCAGUUGAAGGAAGUUGUCACCGUGCACAUCUCUAUCCGGGAGGAGAAAAUCGACGAGCUGCUUCCCCUUCUGAACCACGGCUUCGAGCGUUGGGACCGGUCUUACGACAAGAUUCUCUCCCCCGCGAAAUCCUGGAAGCUAAAAGCCGACUGGGGCAGCUACAUCGUCGUGGACGAGAUGCACGCGGCGAAAUUGGCCUCCGCCGCGGAAACGCUGAAGCAGUUCCAGGCGAAAAAAGCGACGAAGCGGUUACUGGCCGGGCUGGCAGACUCUCCGGGGGACGCGACCACCGCAGUACCGACCCCGGAAGACCACAAUUUGCGCACCAGCAACACGAGCAGUGGGGGUCUAUUGAGAGGAAACAUUCCCCCCUCAUUUUGAAAAGGUGUGUUUCCAAAAAUUUGUGUUGCGGAUUUGAGGUCACAGAUCACGUCUGUCUUGCAAGAAGACAAUGGCAGAAGCUUCCGGACCAUUAUGGAAGCGAUUUGUCAUGAUGUUGGGCCUAAAGGGGGGCCGUUUGCCAUGCUGAACUACUAGACCCAUAGCCAUACGCCGCUACCUAGCCUGGGGAUCUGGCCGCAGUGCCUCUCUGCAAUACAAAGCUGAUUUGUGGUCACAAAUUAGCAUCACAGGCUCACAAAUCAGAUAUCAGGUGGAUCACAGGCUCACAAAUCAGCAUCACAAAUUUCCGUUUUGAUAUGGGGAGGGGGGAUUUUUCAUUUUGAUAGGGUCCGACGAGUGACCACGACCGUAGAGGCGGUCGCAGAAGGCGCACGAGCGACGAACUGAUCGACAACGAAGAAGGGCGGAGGGACAGCAUCGGCGCCUUAACUGCGCACAGCAACGAGCACAGCCUGGCCGGGCGAGGCAGUCGUAGUGCAUCAAUGAAUAUCGGAGUCCACGGAGGUAUGAUGGGUAACGCGAUAUUAAACGUCGAAGGGCAACACAGACACCAAAAUCCGAGCUCAGCAUCGAAUUCGCCCGAUCUGGAAGAUGAGGACAACGGGAGCUUCCACAGCUCACUCGACGAUGAUGGCCAGGAAGGCGCGGGGUGUAGUGAUGAAAACGACGAGAACUCUGACCAAGAUUCAAACGCAGAGCGCGGCUCGGACAGUGAAUCGGAAUCGUCUUCCGAUGUUGACUCGUCUUCGGACGAAGAAGAGUGAUGAAAAGAUUGACUGGGACCUGCUCCGAACAUGGAACCUCGAAAAAAAAUCGGAGCGCCAGAGGACAUUGCAUCCCGAAUAACCAGUAUCUAUACCUUUAGGAGGACUGAUCCGUGCGACUUAGCAACGGCGUCCUCAAAAUGGACAAGAUACUUACUACAAGAACCGGAAAUGCGAUGAAGGUCACAUUCUUGAUCUACCACUUUUAGUCAUGGCGUCAUAAUUUUGCAACAUCAAGACUACACAUAGCAGGAUGAUGAUGGAAGUGCUGUUGUAAAAAUUUGUGUUUCAUAGCACGUGCACGUCAGGUUACAGCAAGCACACCUUUCGAUAGAAGGAGAAAGCAAAUACAGACUGAAUGGACGGGUGCCGUGACACAGACUGCAAAAUGAAAAAUCAAUACAUCGGCGGUUUCCACGUUCGUUCUGCCCUAGGCUAGCUGCUUUCUCAAAUCGAUUCUGG